AUGUUGAGCAAGCAACUACACGACCUGCGAAUACAAAAGCAGGUGCAAAUAUUUGAAGACAAACACAUUGAUAAACUAACAAGAAAUAAAUAUAGGCUAUUUAGAAAUAUUUAUAAGAGUAUUAUAGUGUCCCCAUUGCAUUUAGUAUCAAUAAAGAAAGUGUUAGAAAAUUUGAUAAGUAUAAAUAAAUCAUUUGAAGAAUUUGAAAACUUAUUUUAUGUGGAAGAACAGAAUACGGUACACUGUUUUUAUGAUGAAAAUGAAAAAAGAGAAAUUGAAAUAUACUUAAAGCAUCGUGAAUUUUUAACAGUAGAAGAAGAGAAGAUAAUUUUUAAAAAAAUUAAAGAAUUUUUAAAAUUGUGUUCUCUAUAUUCAAAUAAAAAUGAAGUUAAAAUUCUGAUCGAAUUUCUAAUAUAUAAAUAUGAAAUUAAUGUAAAGUGUAGUCAGGAUAUUUUACUGUGUAUUUUACCCAACAUUUUUUUAGUAGAACUAAAAAAUAUUUUAGAAAUUAUAUACAUAGAAGGAACAUCACCCUUUUUUUUUAUAAAUAAUUUUAAACAUGACCAAUUAAAAAAUGUAGACAAAUCUGUUUUUUUGCAACAUAUAAAAAGGAAUAAUGCUAUUUAUAAAAUUUUAUUUGAGUAUUUAAUAGAAUUAAUCUUUAGUUCUAGUUGUGACAAUGCAAUCGUUAGAAAGAAGGAAACGCACAUUCCAUAUAUAAAUUUUUUUAUCACCAUUACAGAAGAUAUUGUUAAUAGUUUCAUUGACAUGCCCAUUUAUAUAGUUGAAUUUUACUGUAACGUGCUUCUUGUAUUAAUAAGCAAUUCAAAAAAGGUCUUUGAUUUGCUUGGGAAGAAGAUAUGUAGUGCGAUAAAAGUAAAUGAAAUGAAUUCAAUGAACAGCUUAGUACAAGAAAAAGAGAAUAUUUUUCUUCUGCAAAUUCAAAAUUGCUGUCAAUUUUUAGAAAAAUUUUUGAAAAUUUUUGAUGUUGCUAUGUUUAAAUGCAAAAAAGAAUUUGAUUUAUCAUUUUUAAAAAAUAAAAUAUUUUUGUUUAUAAAUUAUGACUUUCUCUCGCUUCAUGAAAAUCGAAUAAGGGAAAAUUCGUUAUGUUCUUGUUUUGUAAAAUGUCUAAUUGUUUUACUAAAUAUAAUAUACAAAAAUACGUACAAAAUAUCAUUCAGCAGUUAUUUUAAAGAAACACAAGGGGAUCUUCAAUAUAGUGAUAACACAAUGGAGCAACUAGAACAACAACAGCAGCAGCAACAACGGCAGCGAAGUGAUGAGAAACACAUUAUGAACAUAAUAAAUUUCGUAAAAGAAAACAAAAAAAACUGCUUUGACAGUAGAUUGGACGCCAUUAUAGAGGAUGGAAAAAUGCUAGUAAAACUUUUACAAAUAUUUUAUGAGUUAAAUGAUGCAUACGAAGUUAUUGACAAUUUAAUAAAAAUUAUUUUGAUAAAAAGCUAUUCCAUGAAGUUAAAUUUGGACCGAUUAGACCUUAUAUUUUCCCUUUUACAAAAUAAAGAAAAUUAUAAAUUUACCAUAAUAUUUAUAGUUAAUUUAAUAUCCUUUUAUAUAUACCUUAUUAGAAGAGAAGCACAUAAAAAGAGUGAUAAAGAAGGAACAGAGGGUAUAACAGGAACAGUAGGUACAGCUGAUAUGGAGGAGGCAAUUGAAGAAAUGAAAUUGGAACAUGUGGACACCUUAGAAUUGUUACUUAGAAAAUAUUGUUUUAGUAAUACCCUAAAUAACAGUGUAGUAUAUAGAACGCACUUUUAUGAAAUAGUUAAAUAUUUUAUAUGUGAAAAUAGCGAAUUAUUUAAAAAGAAAAUAUUAUUAUUUGAAGUUUACAGCAAAAUAGAUGAGCAUUUGUUAAAGCUUAUUAACAUGUUUAGUAACAAAUUGAAUAUUGUCAAAAUUUUUAACCAUGUUAAUGAAGAAAAAGUAGAUAUCGGUGAUCCUGAAAUUGUUGAACAAGCUCUGAAGAGCAUUAAGUUUAUUUAUAAUUAUAGGUUGAGAGCAAAAAAGAAAAAGAAUUCAAAUGAGGAACAAAUAGUAGAGGGAAGGGAGAAAGAAACCCAGAGAGAAAGAAGAACUGGUGAACAGUGCUGUGAACAAAGUCAAAAAAUAAUCCAAGAAACAAGCAGCCAACAAAGCCAAAGAGGAAAUCAAACGAAAGACAUAUUCGUAAAAGACUUCCUUCCGUUGGGGUUCAUAGAAAAAGGAAUACAAAAUAUUGAAAAAUCAAAAGGAUUCCUCGAAUGUUUAUAUGCAAGGGUUGUUUAUCUUUUAAAAGAGAAUAAAAUGUUAUUUACUGAUUAUGUACAGAAGUAUAAAAUAGAGUUGAUAAGUCUUUUUCCAUCCAAAAAAUACUUAUAUCGAAUAAUUUUUGACGCAUUUAAAGAAUUGAAACUUCAUAAUUUUUGUGAAAUGGAUAAAAAUCGCAAUAAGAUAUUUUUGAAAUUUUACAUACAAUUAUUUAUGAUAAAACUGAUAAAGAUGCACAAUAAAAAUAAAGAAAAAUUGAAAAAGGACAAAUUUUUUAAAAAUUUUAUUAAUAUCAACUUUUCUUUUUUUUUUAUAAUAUAUGAUUGUGAAAAUAAUAAGGAUUUGUACAUAAGUAAUUCCUUUUUUUCACGAGAUAUUGUACACGGAAUUUUCCAGUUAACAAAAAAUUUCUUUUUUCUUUUGUGCAAAUUAAAGAAUGUCAGUUGUUACAAUUUUGAUGAUUUCAUCCAAAUGCAAAUGAAGCAACAAAGAUACAAAACCAUUGAAAAUUUUGUAAAGCAUAGUGUUCCUUUUCGCACCAAUAUCUUGAUUAGAAUACUAUAUUUUUUUUCAAAUGUGGACCUAUUUAAAUGUUUUGGAUCCUGCAAUACAGAACUGAACACAACUCGUUAUGAAGCACAUGAAGUAGAUGAAGGAGAAUUAAAUCAGAUCAAUGAAAAUAUUUUAACCGUAUCUACGAAAGUAUCAUUAGAUAAUGAAUCUAAUGAUGACUAUGAAAUCUGUAAAGAGAAAGAAAUUAAACAACAUGUGGAAAAAAAAAAAUUAAGAAAUUUUUUAUUAAGAAUAUUUAAAAUUUUAUUCGUUAAUAUGGAUAACAAGAAUUUCAGUUAUUAUGCUUAUACUAGUAAAAAAAUGUACAUGAGCGUAGUAGAAUCAUUUCAAAAAACAAUAGUACAGUUUAAUAACAUUGACCCUUCAGUAACUUAUUUCUUAUAUUUCAAAUGCCUUAAUUUAUUUUAUAUGAAUAGCACGUAUUUAAAAUUUGUGUGUGAUACUUUAGAUUACUUUAUUUUUUUAUAUAACGUUGAUAAUAUAAAAAAGUAUAUAAAGGAUAUUAAUAUGAUGACCAAUGCCGCUAUAGAAAUAUACAAAUACUUGAAAAAAAGAACGAGGAAAUUAGAUAUAAAGAAUUAUUAUGGAAAUUGUUUCAUGGGUAUAAUAAUUCUUUGUACUCCAUAUGUUUUUUCUAGCACGAGAAUUAGAUAUGUUAUCAAUAAAGCCAAAAAAAUAAAUGAUAAAAAACGUGUAGUUAUAGAUUAUCAUAUUUUAAAUACAUUGUUUGAUAGAAGCAGAAUUAUGAAAAACGCAGGAAUUUUUCAUUUACUAGACAAUGUGGAAAGUUGUCCCAGUUACCCAGAAAAUUAUAUAACUGAUGGCAUCAGGAGGAAUAAAGUUGUUAACGAAGCUAACUUUGUAGAUGAUAAUAAUAGCGCUAGUAAUACUGUUAAUAAUAGUAAUGAUAUUAGUAAUAGUGUUAAUAAUAGUAAUGAUAUUAGUAAUAUUGUCAGUAAUAGUAAUAACAGUAGUAGUAAUAGUAAAGAAGAAAAGGGUGUUUGUCUUAUGACAGGUGAUAAUAAUAAGAAUGAAGUAAUAGGAAAUAUAGAAGAUUCAUUAGAACCAUUAUGUAAUGAAUAUACUGUUCACGUUCAUUCUCUUAUUUACGGGCGAAAAUGGGAUAGACGCAAACCUCAGUGUUAUGAAGUUAUUAAAUAUAUUUUAUUUAUAUUUGCCUAUUUAAAUAAAUAUUUUUUUAAUGUAUUAUUAUCAAAUUUCCAUGUUGAUAUUUUUUACAACAGUAUUGCAGUGUACUUCUUAAAAAAAAAUUUAAUACUCAUACAUUUAAGAAGAAUUAUGCAAAGAAAUUCGUACCCAUAUAAAAUAACAAAAAUAUAUAAAUUGAUAUUAAGCAUGAAUUGGAAACUCUUUUACAAAUACGAGUACAUCUACCCCUUUCUAUAUUUAAUAGAUUUUUAUGUUAAUGUGUUAGACAGUAGCUAUCUGAGGAAGGCGAAAGUGGAGCGUUUAAAUGAUAGUAACAUAGGCGCUUCGAAUACCAAUGCGAAGAGCAUUAUGAACAAUGGUUUAAAUUACGGUGGACCAGUAAUCGAAAGAAGUAGUAUUAAGAGUGCCGAGAAUAAAAAACUAAAUGAGAAAGUGAAAUAUAUGAACAGAAAGUUACUUAAAGAAUUUAGUUUACACUAUUCUAGUAAGACCUCAAAGAAACCUAUAAAUAUAAUAAAGCUUAGAAAAAUGAAAAGAAUUAAAUAUUCAGCUAUCUUGAAUAAUCCAAAUAUUGAAGAGAUGGAUAAAAAAUUUUUUCAAAAUCUGAGAGGCUUUUUCAAAUAUCAUGAACAACUUAUUGAACAUUUCUACUUUGAUAAAGAAAGUGAAAUAAGGGCUAUGUGUGAGUUAAUAAUUAAGAGAAUAAUAGAAUACAAUAACGAUAUAUUAAUAAUUCAGUUAUUAUCUAUUAAGAAUUUUUGUACUAGUUCUUUAUUUAAAAAGGAUAUACGUUCAUGUAUUGAAAAAUUAGAUAUAUAUAAUUUUAUGUUAUUUAAAGAAUUAUUUUCAAAUAAGAAGGAUCACAAUUAUAAUUCCAUAUUGUUAAUGUGCAAAAAUGUGAAGAGUGUAGCAGAGAAAAACAAAUUAUUACUUUUUAUAGAAACACAUGUAGUGAAAAAAAAAACAAAGGGAUCUCUUCGUUGUUUGAGUAUUUUGAAAAUUCUUAUUAUGUUAUCAGACAAUAAUAUAAAUAUUAGUAGUGAUAAUAAUAGCUUGAACAAUAUUCAUCAUUAUGUAGAAUUUGUGAAAAAUCAUAUAAAAAUUUUUAAAAGAAUAUCAGUGUUUAUAGAGACAAAUAAUAUUUUAUUUUUAAAAAUAAUCAAAUAUAUAACAAAUAUAUGUACCCUUAUGUGUAAUGUACCCGAACUAAUAACAUAUCAUUUAUCGUUAGUUAAAAACAAUUUCCUAUCAGAUAUUGUUUCGUUAUUUUCUAAAAAUAUCUAUUUCUUUUAUGAAGACAUAUCCUCACAUAUGAAAUCUCUCUCAUAUGCCUUUAACAAACUUAUAAAAAAAAAAAUAAGGCUUUUUGUGGAUUCUCAAAGGAAGCAAUAUUUAAAAGGGGCAUCAACAUUGGAAGGGGUAUCAUCUUUGGAUGAGGCUUCAACUGUAGCUGAGAUAUCAACUAUAAUUGAGGCUUCAACUAUGGCAGAUGCUUCAACCGUGUUAGAAGAUGCAGAUAAAGAAAAGCAAACAAAGAGCCAACUCACUGACGGUAAGAAGAGACAAAACGAGCAGAUAUGUAGCCCAAAGGAUGAAUGCAGUAUACGUGAAGUUUCUUUAAAAAAAAGGAAGUUAACUAAUUAUAAUUCGCUUUCCCAUUGUUCAGUAUCAGAAGAUGAAACACUUAGAACACUGAUUGUUCAUAAAAAAAAAAAAGGUAAUCGUUGUUACAUGGAACAUUUUGUACAGAAUGAGGGAGAAGCAGAUAUGAUUAGCCAUUAUCAUUUACACAUAUUUGCAUUUAUAUGUACAUUUAUUAAUAGAAUUUUUAGAAACGAGAUUAUAGAUUUACAAUAUUUCAUAGUUUUGAUGAAGAACUUAAUGUUCUUGUUUAAUAAAAAUUACAGCUCGUAUGUCAUAUCAAUUUGUUUUAUAAAUUUUAUUAUAAAAAUUAAAAUAGAAGAUUUACACGCAUGCACACAUUACAUAACAGAUGUUCUUAAUAUAUAUUAUUCUCAUGACAUAACUUAUUGUAUCAGCAACCAUUUGUUGUUGUUUCUUUCAUUGUAUUUAUGCCCUCAUUCAUUUGUAAAAGAUAAAUUAGUGCAAAAUGACCAAGUUAACAAGUUAAAGAAAAGGGGAAAAGUAAAUACUAGCUAUAAUGACAAUACUAUUGGGUAUGUAGAACAUUUUGGCAGUAUUAAUAAGGAAAAUUAUAAUAGUGAGCUUGAAAAUAACAAGAGAAUAGGUAUAAUUAAUAGAACUACUUCUUACCCCGCUUAUGUACAAACUAAGCUAAAAUACAUCAAACCACAUUUAAAAAAAGUGAAGAAUAUGAAACUUUUAUGUUUGAAAAUUAUUUCCUUAAUUUCAAUUAUUAAUUCAUCAAAUAAAAGUAGUAUCAAAUUAAUUUCAUAUUUUAUAUAUUUUUCCACUUUUCAAAACUUUAUUCUCUGUUUUUGUUUUGCUAAAGAUAAAGUUAUCAAUAAGAGGUUGAACAUAUUGUUCAAGAAAUUCGCUUUUCGAAAUACAGAUACAUUCAUAUUGGCACAUAUUCUGAGCAACUUUAAAGUCAGCGCUCGUGCUUCAUGCAAUUUAUGUAAUUACUUGAGGGAAAAAGGCAUGGGUGAUCAAGAAGAGAAAGAAGAGGAGGAACAAGUUGAAGUUAAGGUUGAUGUAGCAGCAGGAAUAUCCGGUCAAAGGAGCGUGGAGCGACCGAAGAAUAAUAAACAGAACGAUGUGCACUAUUUUGAGAAUUUAUUUUUGUAUAAAUUUUUGUUUUACCUGAACAAGCAAAAAGAGUACAUGGCAUUCAACGAAGGAUACAAAAAAUAUAUGAAGCAUAAAGAAAAUUUGGAAAGCACAAAUCAAGGUGCUGUUAACGAUUUAGAUAACAGUCAUUUCGCUUAUAAUAUAUUUAACGAUAUUCUGAAUAUGGAGAUAGAAAAUAAUGGAGAUGAUGUUGACAGUGGCAGAAGUACUAAUAAUAACAGGGGUAGUUGUAAAGUUAGCGAUAUAAUAAACAGGAAACUCUUAACUUUUUAUGAUUUUAUAGUGAACAAGCUGUUGAACAUAAACUAUGCUGUUGGUUCGCGCCUUUUUAAUGAAAUUAUUGUGUUCAUUAAUCAAAGAAUAAACAACCACAUAGACGCAAAGCACAUAUUUGAUGCUAUAAUGUAUUCUUUAUAUAACCAAAAAAACAAAAAGUCAUUUUCAAUUUUGAACGAAAUAUAUAUACAUAAUAUAUUCAACAAAGCACUGUUCAAAAUAAAGUUAGAUAAUUCUAUGCAAAUUUUAAUUGUGUCAAAAAUAAAUGAAAUAUUAAGAAAUCUGUUUGAGAAAUAUUACUUAGUUUUUGGAAAUGAAAUGAAUGAAAGGAAAAAAAGAUAUGAAUCAGUUGAGGAAGAAUAUUAUGGGGAAGACACAGAGGAGGAAAAUUGUGAUGAUUCUUCAAGAGAGAACAGUAGAACAAAUAGCACAACGAAUAGUAGUAAUAUCAAAAAGGGUAAAAAGAAAAAAUCGUUGUACUCAGAAAUGGACAAGAUAUAUGAAGAGUAUAAAAAAUACACAGCACAUGUAGGUACAAUAAAUGAGAUUACAACUAGUGAUGAAAAAGAUUAUAAUUGUACGUUGGCAUAUACUGGUGCCUUUUCUUCCAACCUUUUUGAUAUAAAUUCCUCAGGUUCAAAGGUCAACAUAAAUGAUAACAACUGCAUUAAUAAUUACGAGGAAGAGGACAAUGGGUAUAUGAAAAAUAUUGUAGAAUAUGAAUAUGGUUCAGGUGAAAUUCUGUAUAUAAAAGAUACAAACAGAUGUAAGGACUUAAACAAAAUUUUUUUUAUAGAUAGUUAUUAUUUAAAUACAAUUUUAAAAUGUAUAUGUUCCCUGUUAAUUAAUUUCCCCUUAUUCACAAAGAAACGAAUGAUUGAAUUGUUCUGUGCUUUAUUUUUAAAUAACAAAAGAUAUAUAUUAAUGAAUGAGAAGAAUUUACUUAAGAGUAAUUUCUAUAAUUUUAGCAAAGACAAAAAAGUAAAGCAUAUCAAUAAAAUUGUUAUAAACCCUUUAAAAAAAUUAAGUAUAUAUCAUUUAUUUUUUAUAUUCUCAAAUAAUGAUAUUAAAAGUUGCUUAGAAAAUAUAACUAAUUAUUACCAGAAGAAUUCGAAUCUUUUUGAAAAUCCAACUAGAAUAUAUGAUCAUAAUGGAUCACUUGUUCUUAAUAACUCUUUGUUUAUAUAUCAACAUCUGCUUGUAUUUGCGCAUUUUUUUGGUGCUAGCUACAACAUAAUCAGCGAUUUAGGCCUAAAAUUAUUAUUUCUGUUAAUAAACUGUUAUAUAAGUAACUGUUAUAAAUAUAUCGCAAGUCUCUAUGAAAAACAUCAAGGUAAAAUAAUGAAUUUAAACAGCCAUGAUUUCUGUUGUUAUAGUGUUAAAUACGAUGUAUCAAAUCAUAUAGGGAAUAAGACACAAGAUGAGAUGCUUAUUGAUCUUAGGGUAGAAGAACAAAAUAUAGUAACAUCACUAUUAUAUACAUCAUCCAAGAUUAAGCUGACUUGUUUACAAGAUUUAUUUAGUAGACUCGUCUCAUGUUUCGAACGAAAGAUUUUUGAAUCUAACGCAUCUAAUAUUUUGGAAUGUUAUAAAACAGUCUAUGAAAGAAGAAUAUAUUUUAUAUACUUUUACAGGCUCUAUCAAAACUUUGGUUCAAUUUUAAGUAACAGGAGCAAGUACCUACUUGAUCUACUCAACAAUAUCAAGCUGACUUUAAUAGCAUGUCAAAAGAAUAGUGAAUGCAUAUAUGAAGGAAGCAAGUUCAGAAUUACUGGAAACAACAGUGGUAGUUGGAAUAACAAUAAUGAUAGUUCCCUUUUGAGGAAUGAGGCAGAAGAAAGAAAAGAUGAGAACUAUGGUAGAAAUCGCGAAAAUAAAGAAGACGAGGAAGAUGAAAAAUUUCCCAAAUUUACAAAUGAUGUCGAAGACAAUGUAGAACGAAAGAAUAGAAAAAAUGUCUUAAAAAAUAAAUGGUAUUGGUUUGAUCUUGGAUAUUGUGCAUUAAUUUGUUUAUAUGAAAUUUUAAAAAAUGAGAAAAAAAAUCAAACAAAUAUUACACCUGUUUUUUAUGAAAUUUGUUUGGACCAUGUUAUAGACUGUUUUAACUUCUUUGUAUAUUUACCAAGAGUUCAUGUAAAUUAUGACGUCCAAAAUAAUGUUAAUGAAGAUAUAAUAAGAAACAGUGAGCAUAUUGAUAUGAAAAAAACAUCCAUUAUUUUAUUAGACAUACUCAAAUUAAUUUUAUUUGAAUUAUAUUCUUUAUAUCUUAACGAUCCAUCAAAAAUACAAAUUAUGACUAUGAGAUUAUCAAUUAAAAAUGAUAAUAAUAAUGCUAGUACUAAAAUUACCAUAGCUAUCAUAUUAACAUUAAAAUAUAUUUACGAAACAAUUGGCUAUAAAGAAUUAUUCUUUUCUCUUCAAGAUUUGUAUCAAAUAUUUUCUGAACUAAAUGAUCAUCCAGAUGAUGAAAUUGAGCUCAUAUCCAAGAAGUGGUUUAAUGAGAUAAGCAAAUAUACGGGGAGGACUUAA